AGUGUCGAACAACUAGUACAUCUCACUUUCAUUUUCAUUAGCUUUUUCUGUUGAUAUUAUUUCAAACCACUCGCAUGCUCGCCUCGCCUCACGCCACGCAACAUUAUUCCAAAAUUAAUCUACACGCCAACUCCCCAGAAAAUCCAGAGCAUAUUUUAUUUCCUCACAAGUCUUAACUACAUUAAGACCCCCAAAAGUUUGGAUCAUUAUUACCUUUUCACAACGCACAAUACUGAAGCGCGCAUUCUACAAUUUCUCCUGAUUUCCUCUCUGCAUUCGACCUACUUUUCCCUCGAUGGGAACCGCAUUCAGGAACAUGCUUUCCUCUUUUUUCCUUGUGUUUCUUUUGUCACCCUUGGUAUUGUCAGCAUCAAAUGAUGGCAUGUUCAGGGUUGGGUUGAAGAAGAAAAAGCUGGACCAAGUUAACCGCUUUACCACUCAAUAUGGGUCUAAGGCUGAAGAGUUAGUUAGGAUGCGUCUGACGAGGUAUGGUCUUGCCAAUGAUUUGGCAAGCUACGAUGAUGCGGACAUCGUCCCUUUGAAGAACUAUUUGGAUGCUCAGUACUUUGGGGAGAUUGGUAUUGGUACUCCUCCGCAGAAAUUCACUGUGAUAUUUGAUACAGGAAGUUCCAACCUUUGGGUCCCUUCCUCCAAGUGUUACUUUUCUAUUGCUUGCCUUCUCCAUUCUAAGUACAAUGCCAGGCGAUCAAGCUCCUACACCAAGAAUGGGAAGAAGGCUGAGAUCCAUUACGGUACUGGAGCCAUUUCAGGGUACUUCAGUAAAGAUCAUGUUACAUUGGGAGAUCUCGUGGUUGAAAAUCAGGAUUUUAUUGAAGCAACAAGAGAGCCUAGUCUCACAUUUGUCGCUGCUAAAUUUGAUGGUAUACUUGGGCUUGGAUUCCAAGAAAUCUCUGUCGGUAAAGCUGUUCCAGUCUGGUACAACAUGGUGAACCAGGGUCUUGUAAAGGAACCUGUAUUCUCAUUCUGGUUAAACCGAAACGCUGAUGAGGAAGAAGGGGGUGAAAUUGUUUUCGGUGGGGUUGAUCCUGACCAUUACAUAGGGAAACACACAUGGGCUCCUGUUUCGCAGAAAGGCUAUUGGCAGUUUGAUAUGGACGAUGUCUUGGUUGAUGGCGAGACAACUGGGUUUUGCGCUGAUGGUUGUUCUGCAAUUGCUGAUUCCGGGACGUCUUUGUUGGCUGGGCCAAUGGCUGUGGUUGCUCAAAUUAAUCAUGCAAUUGGUGCUGCUGGGGUAGUUAGCGUGGAGUGCAAGACGGUGGUUACACAAUAUGGGAAACAGAUUCUGGAAUUGCUAUUAUCAGAGAGUCAACCUAAAAAAGUGUGUUCGAAAAUUGGUUUAUGUACCUUUGAUGGCAAGCGAGAUGUUAGUAUGGGCAUUGAAAGUGUGGUUGAUGUCAAAGUGGACAAGUCUUCUGGUGGCAUCCAUGAUUCCAUGUGCACUGCUUGUGAAAUGGCUGUGGUAUGGAUGCAAAAUCAACUAAAACAAAAUGAGACUGAAGAACGAAUUCUGGAUUAUGCCAAUCAGCUUUGUGAACGUCUUCCUAGUCCGAUGGGGGAGUCUGCUGUUGACUGUAGCCGUCUUUCAACAAUGCCAUCUGUUUCCUUUACUAUAGCUGGAAAGACAUUUGAUCUCGGUCCUGAGGAGUACAUCCUUAAAGUGGGCGAGGGAGCUGCAGCACAAUGCAUCAGUGGAUUCAUUGCUUUAGAUGUGCCCCCUCCUCGUGGACCCCUCUGGAUUUUGGGGGAUGUUUUCAUGGGUCGGUACCACACUGUGUUCGACUAUGGAAACCUGAGAGUUGGAUUUGCGGAAGCUGCUUAAAACCUUGUAGGAUAUGGCUCUAACCUUUUUAUAGGGUCGCAUACGUUGAUGUUCAUGUUUGGUAAAAUGACACUGUCUGUGACUCAGUGUACAUAUUGAAGGAUAACUGUAACUUUUGAAUCCAGAGAAGGAUAACUGUAACUUUUGAAUCCAGAGAGGGAUAACUGUAACUUUUGAAUCCAGAGAAGGAUAAUGCCACUAUGACAGUAUGAAAACAAUCUAAAGAAAGGAUGAUGACAGUAAGGUACUCGUA